AUGGCGUCGACAUCAGACAUUGGCUACUUCACCUUCUCCGCCGCCAACGAGGCCGCCAUCCAUCUUCUUGAAAAUGUUCGGCGCGAACCAUCGCCACCGGCACUAAUAAGCGACGAGGACUCAAUAGGCUAUCGCCUGUCGAUUCCCUCUGCACAAUCCCACUCCACCCCUACCUGUCGUCAUGAUCAAUCUUGCUUCAUUUGGAGAAUCGGCACUGGCCCGUCCCCAAACAAGGUCAAAGCCGGAGUAGAUUCAUUCACCCCCGAGAUUCUUCUAUGCCCACAAGCUUCAUCGCCAACUCCCAGCUCCAAGACGGUCCGUGCAUCCAUCAACCACAUCCAUGCCACGAUUUACGUCCAUGCACGGUCAAGAGUCUUGGUGAUGGAAUCACGAACUGGCCGGCCAAUAAUAUACGAGCGAGGCGACAUGAACAAUCAAGAUGUAGUGAUAUAUGGGGGGACAAGCAAGAGGGACAGGUCUUGUGUCCUGCGCCGGCGGCAGAACUUUCUUCGAUUCGGUCCAUAUCGCUUUCUUCUCGAGUUUACCGUCAGCCCUCUACAGCAAGACGAGUUCACCAAGAGGAUCAACCGGCAUUACCCUCGUCACCCUCAUGACCCCUGCAGCCUCGUUCCCACAACAGAUGAAGAGCCUGAGAUUCUUUGGAAUGUAUGGCUGCAUCAGAAAAUCCCAAGCUCGCUCUCAGUCUGGUCCGGUGUUGAUAUUCAGGACGGCCAGCCGGUUGCUGUAAAGGCGCUGCUAAAUAAAGCCGAGACACGACAAUAUACAAUCGAUCAACUUGACUUGGCCUCUCAUUACCAAAGCAGGCCAGCCAAAGGCAUCCUUGGUAUUCUUGAAACUUGGUGCGAGCACUGGAGAUCACCUCCGUGCUUGUUUAGAGCAAGCAGUGACCUCGAUCACUGCCAAAAGACGUACUUUUCUAUGCCCCUGGCCAAGCAAAACUUUCUCCACGAUCGCUGGACACAAUUCAAGACCAUGGAGAGCGUCGCAUAUCUGUACCACACUCUGUGUGGACUAGCCGAACUUCAUAAUCAAGGCUUUACUCAUGGAAACAUCCGACCCGAGCUGUUGCUGAUAUGUGAGAAAAGAGCCUUCAUAUCGCUUUGCAUGGACAAACCAGAGAGACCCGAUGCAAGUGUCUGCGUCGCACCAGAGUUCUGGCUGAGCAGGGGCCGGGAGUCGGAUCUGGAUGCAACAAAACUCGACAUCUGGGCUCUUGCUGCCUCGUGGCUCCAUCGCUGCUUGAAAGCAGCGCCCGACCUGAUGGUGACACAGCGCUCACAUGCCAGUAUUCAAGAGACGCUGAGGCGCCGCAAUGAAGCGGGCGAUAUAAAGGGGCCGCUGUAUCGCCUCUUUCGGCGGAUGCUGGCGUGGGAGCCGCAUAAUCGCCCAAGUGCGAGCGAGGCUCUUGAAGAUGAGGCAUGGAGGCCCAUCCUGGCUCCCAGAGUGGUCGAGAGGAAGCGAAAGCGGGCGCAAACAGAGCAAGAGGGUCAAUCCAGACGAGUCAGGUUGGCAAUACCUAGAGUGGCAGAAUAA